AUGGAGUUACCAGACCUGAGCCCAGAGAUCUGGGUUCUCAUCUUUCAGGUUCUACCCACACAGAACGACCUCGUAAAUGUGUGUCAGGUAUCCAAAUCAUUUCAAUGCCUUGCUACUCCAAUUCUAUACCGAUCCGUCAUUUUUCGCCCCUCGCGCAUCACCGGCCAGAGCUGGCAUCGGCUCCCUGAUGAUGAAGACGUCAAAAGCCAGGAUUUGGUAGAUGACCUGUCGUUCGGCCUCCUUCACCGAUUACUAGACGAUCGUAACAAGUGGCUGAGAGCCUUUGUUCGUGAAUUGGCUCUUGAGCGGAUGGCCGAUGGAUAUAACAAGGAACAAGCCUGGCAGAAACUGGAGCCGCCUCGAGAUCUCCUUGCCAUUCUUGUAGAGAAGCUACCUAAUCUGGAACAUAUUUAG